AUGCAAAUCAACCUGAUGGACCUGAUCAUGUUCGUUCGUGCACAAGCUAGACUGCAGAGCAUGACGAUGGUCGACUAUUUUGCUGUUGGACUAUCAUCGCCGGACAUCGAUUCCUGGACAUCAGCGAUCUUCAGUGGAGCUCACGCUUCUGCCAUGCUGAAGAAUGUCGUUGGUUUCGAAGGGCUGGAGUACGAGUGUGUUGAGGGAAGGCAGGAUAUCAUGCUGUACAAGGCUUUGACCAAGGAAGAAGAUGCUCGCAAGAUGGGCGCAGAUGAUUUCAUUGCUACCGGAGAGGAAGGGUGGCAGGAGAAGCAUGCCGGAUAUCUUGACUUGAUCAUCGGCACCAUCUCGAACCCGAAGAUGCCAUUCAAACCAUACGUGGGCCCCCUGGGCUACAAGGGCCGCUUCGUGCAGCUUGGUCUUGCCGAAGAUCCCAUGCCCUCUUUUGGUGCCGCAAGUCCGAUCAUGAAGGGUGUCAGCGUCAGUGGUAGCUUGAUCGGCAGUCCGCAAGAGAUCGAAGAGAUGUUGCAAUUGGCUUCAGAUAACAAGGUGCAAGCCUGGAUUCAGACCCGGCCUAUGAGAAGGACGCCAACCAGGUUAUCCGGGACUUUGAGGAGGGCAAGCCAAGGUACAGGUACUGUCUGGUCAACUAAGACAGCGGCGAGAAGUGGCUCCAACCACUCUUAG